AUGGAGGCGUUGUCCCCCCGGGAUGCUAAUGCCCAACGGCUCCCUCGAGCGCACGAACUGAAGACGAAGGCUGCCGCCCAACUCAAAACCACGAGGGACAAGGAACACCCGCCGCCGCCGCCCAACAAUGUUGUCGAGCCGCCAAGCUCCGACCGCAAGGAUGGUGUCGUCUAUCAAGUCGGCAAGCUCCUAGGAAAGGGCGGCUUUGCCAUUUGCUACGAAAGCAAGGCUGCAGGAGCAUCGAAGCGCGUUGCCCUGAAGAUUGUCAAGAGCAAGAUGCCGACAAAGAUGGAGCAAAAGUUCCAAACAGAACUGCAGAUCCACUCCAAGAUGCGACACCAGAACAUCGUGCAGUUUCACCGCGCUUUUACAUUCGAGAGCUGCACCUACCUGGUUCUGGAACUUUGCCCCAAUGGCUCGCUCAUGGACAUGGUCAAGCGUCGUAAGGGCCUGACCGAGGCUGAAGUGCGUUUUUACACGGUCCAGAUCGCGGGGGCCAUCAAGUAUAUGCACGCGAAGGGCAUCAUCCACCGCGAUCUCAAGAUGGGCAACAUCUUCCUCGACAAGUACAUGAACGCCAAGAUUGGCGACUUUGGCCUGGCCGCUCUGCUCCUCACCGGCAAGGACAUGCAGGUCAUGCGACGGACAACACUAUGUGGGACACCCAAUUACAUUGCUCCUGAGAUCCUAGAAAAGGGGAAGAAGGGCCAUGAUCAUAUGGUCGAUAUCUGGAGUCUGGGAAUCAUCGUGUUUGCGAUGCUCACAUCAAAGCCUCCCUUCCAAUCCUCGACGACAGACGAAAUUUAUCGCCGCGCAAAAGACCGUGACUACGAAUGGCCAUCAUCCGACACCUCGUCUACAUACAUCACCCAGGAAGCGAAAGAUCUUGUCGCUACCAUGCUUCAGGAUGCUGAUAAGCGACCCGACCCCGACACCAUUGUGGCACACCCAUUCUUCACCUCCGGAUACAUGCCAGGCCCUUCCGACAUCAACUACAAACUGCGGGAAUUUGCGCCUGAAAACCCUGCCUUUUACGAGCCCCUGAACUCCCAAGCCCAGUCUAUCAACCUUCGAAACGUCCAGGAGAUGUGCCGAGAGUGCGGUGUUGGGCCGUGGUGUCAGUCGCAGUUGGUCUUCAGGAAUAUUUGGAGGGAGAUGGCGGAGGAGGAGCAGAACGGUCUGACCCCAGUCAUCCCCCUGGCCGAGGGUAUUGUCUACCGGCCGUUCGAUGAAAUCAAGAACGAGCAGAAGCUCCAGGCUCGGGUCGCGGCGCAACAACUCUCAAAGCAAUCAUCGCAAACUUCGGAGCGACCAUCCGAGUCUAGAAGCCUCAAGGAGAGCACCCUAUCUCAAAAGCCCUCAGCUGGCCUGCUACGGGCUCCGCCGCAGAGCUUUGCUGCCCAGCAGAGGGCGCAACACAGGCCUGCAACCACGACGACGGGCGUGUCGCGAUCCAAAUCUGUCACGGAGCCCACGACGAGAACCGUCGCCCUGCGACCGCGCCCCACGAGAGAAACACCUGCGCCCUCUCAGCAGCCCGCCGAUGAUCCCGCCCCGGUCUCAAGGACGUCGACCCGCAGCCUUCGUAGCCAGCUCACAUCGACUAGAAGUCAACCCGCUGUCAGCUCCGACGACCGUGCUCCCCCGCUACGACGGCCGGUAUCCACGCGAGAAAAGCCACAGGAAGAGAAGCUAUCGCUGUUCAGCCCGUCCGAGUACCAAGAAACGGUCCCUGGCACCCAGCCAGAUGUGGUUCUCGAGCGGCUCCAGAAGCUUCAGGCUGAGCUUGAGCGGGCACUCAAUGCCCGGACCAUGGCACUCGUGUCUUCGAGGGACAAGACGCCGUCCCCCCCGCAUAUCGUGGUGAAGUGGGUUGACUACACCAACAAGUUUGGUCUCGGCUACGUCCUCAACGAUGGAAGUGUCGGGUGUAUCCUCCGCAGUAUCCCGUCACCAGAGAGUGCUGAGCCCGGCAUGCUGCCCCCCGCUUGUUUGCUCGUCCAUGAUGCCGAGCGUCACUGCCUGCGCAAGGACGACCCGAACUACAGCGGACGCCACCAGAUCGUGCCCAUGAAAGAAGGCAUCUAUUUCUACGAAAACAACGGGGAGACCGGCAUCUCCCGCGUCCGGGUCGCUCCGGAGAACUUUAUCCUCCCUGUCCACGCAGACGGCACUGUUGGCAAGCUCUCGGCAGGGCGCGACAUCUACGACCACCGAAAACGCGAGCGCAUUGUCCUCUGGAAGAAGUUUGCCAACUACAUGAUCGCCUACGGCCGCGAGAUGGACAGCCCCACCCAGCAAUCGACACCGACAGCGACCGACGACGCAGCCAUCCGCGUACCGACCAUCACGGACCCCACGGCGGUGCCCGCAGACGUCGUCACCUUUUACCAACGGUUCGGCGACGUCGGAUGCUGGAUGUUUGCGGACGGACACACGCAGUUCAACUUCCCGGACCACACCAAGAUCGUGCUCGACGCCGCGGGCGUCUGGUGCCACUUCUGGCACCUCCCACAAGACGCAGCCCGCCGCCUCGACGAGACGGGCUCCCUCGCCGAAUCCGCCCUCGACGACCGCGCCGUACUCUCCUACCCGCUCCAAACCCUCCUCAACUUUGCCAAGCCCUCCUCCUCCUCCACCUCCUCUCUCCGAAGCAGCGGCGGCACCGGCGCCGGCACAAGAAGCGUCAGCGCGAGCGCGCGGCGGCGGCCCGAGAUCGCCCCGGAGCUGCAGGGCAUCCCCGCGGCCAACCAGUUCCGCAAGAAGAUGGAGUUUGUGCGCGACGUCGUGCGCGAGUGGACCGCCAACGGCGGGCUCGGCAACUCGGACCUGAGCCGCGAGCGCCGCCUGCGCUGGACCGGCGUCCGCGAGACCCGCGGCGUGCCCAUCCCCGCCAAGCAUGUGUGGGUUACCAUCGGGGCCAGGGGGGGCGAUGAGCGGUUGGCGGCUAUGGUGGAUCCCAGGACGCCCGGCGUGAUUGGGGAGGAUGUGGAUGAGCGGAGGAGGUAG